AAAGAAGAAAGAACAGACACCAGCGAGAAUUCUUCGUGUCCGCCAUGAUGGAUUCGACGUUGUAGUUUUGUUUAUUUAUUGACGAUGUUGCGGCGCAAAGUGGUUGAUAGAAUCCUUAUUCCUCGCCAUUUUUGAAAUUGUCAUGUGUCCGUGAGUAAAAAUACUUUACUUUAUUCAUAUUGGCGUGACACCCGACGGAGUCAACGGGGUUAAAAUCCGUCUGGGACGGAUGAUCAUUGAUCCGCUGUGUUGCAGAGGAACCGCCGUGUCACUGUCCCGCAACAUUUCACCAGGAACUACGCAAUGACACCAAAUUUGCGGUCUAUUUGUCACGGGGAUUUGCACAUUGUCUUUGAAAUACCAAUUAUACGACUUUACUUAUGUCAUCCAGUGGAAGAGAAGGAAACUACUUGUUGAUGAUACGUCGAAAAUAAACAGUUUACCGAGACCAUUGUCGUCCAUUACUUUGCAAAGUAACAGGGAGUCACUCAAGAGUCAGAGCACUUUGAAGUUGAACUGAACUUUUUGAAGGGGAACGGGCAGACAAAGCUGCCACCAUGUCUAGCAAUUCCACCAAAAAGAAUGACAAGAUCAUUCUACGAUUGAUCCACCCUAUGAACGGUAACAGCAAGGAGUUUACAUUCACACCAAAUGAUUCAGCUUCUGAUGUAGCACAAUUUGUAUUUGAGAACUGGCCACAAGAGUGGGAAAGUGACCGUGUAUCGUCUGCCUCUAUUCUUCGUCUCAUAUACCAAGGCAGAUUUAUUCAUGGAAACGUCACUCUAGGAGCCUUGCAACUUCCAGCAGGCAAGAUUACCGUCAUGCAUCUGAUGGCUAGAGAAACCUUACCAGAGCCUAACUCACAAGGUCAAAGGAAUCGAGGCAAGACGGAAGAAAGUAACUGCUGUGUACUUGUGUGAUGAUGUCCCCCUCACCCCAUAUUCCUCCAUCGUCCUUAUUCUCAUUUUCUUUCUCGGCUGUCAAUCUUCUUCUGAGGGAUUCAGAAGGAGUCCUGACCUUUGACCUCUCCUUUAAUUGACAAAACAUCAGUGAUGGUGUCAACAGAGCUAUUCCCCUGGUGUCUGACUGUCAGUCUACAUGUACAUGCUAAGAAUCUUCAAGACACCAGCUCACUCUGUCUUCUUAUUAUAGCUUCCUCAGCUAAGUCAUCGAUCCUCAACAAUCAUCACAGUUCCCUCGUCAUUGUUAUCUUCAUUCCAUCAAGACUUCAAGGUGGAGUUGGAAAUUUCUUAUUUUUUUUUUCUUAAUUUUUAUUUUUUUUAUUUUAAGAAUUAAAAUGAAAAUGUAUUGGGACCAGAAAAGGGAGAUUCUUAAUUUGCAAUUUCGGCCAGUAUACUUGGACUUAACAAGCAGGCACAUUUGUGUUAUUUGCAUAUGGUCAUGAUUGAUGGUAGAUGACAUGAAUUGUAUGGAUUAUCACAAUGAAUGGAUCAUAAAUGACCAUAAUGAAACAAACAUUUUAUUUACAAGUUCCAAUUAGGGCGAUUCACAAUGCAGAGCGCCACCAAUAGUUUGCCACGGAGAGUUCAUUUUUCCCAGUGCAUUGUGGGAGAUGGUCAACAAAUUCGCAG